CGAAGCUGCCAGCAAAAUUUUGUCAAGAAUGGUAAUUGGCGUGAUUCAUUACGCCUGUGUCUUCCUCCGAAUCCCGACACGGGUUGGCUGUGCCCUUUUUCCCUACAGUUUUCUCAUUUGCUUCUUUCGCUCCCGCUUUUUGAAAUUUUUUUUGCCCUUAAACCCGUCCCCCUUUUUGAGCUCCUUCCUCUGGCCGGAUUCCCUGCCCAGCUUUAUUGCGAGCUCGGUUGCGUCUUCUUCGUGUGUUUUAAGCUCGGUCUCCUCGGCCUUCUUUUGCUGAAAUGGCUACUGGCCCUGUGCGCAUAUCACGAGUUGAUAAGUCUUCGAUUGAUUGGACUGUGCUGGUUCAAGUUAUCGAAACUGAUCGUGUAAAGAUUGCUCGAGAUGGGGAUUUAUCGAGGUCCUUUCAUCGGUUUCAAUUUGGUGACUUUCAGGGUAUCAAGGUCUCUACGGUUGUCUUUGACGAUGCUGUUAUUAUUGUUGAUGGCCUUCUUUUGCCAUUUAGAAAGUACUACAUAUCAAAUGCAGAGGUGCAUGAGAUUCCUGAACUUGUUGGAACGGGCCUGUAUUCCUUUUACUGGGUUAUCAAUGAGGGAACUAUUACUGAAGAGUCUGCUGCCUCAGAGGAAUUGGCUCUUCCUUUCUAUUUUGAAUUGCGCUCUUUUCAGUACUUCCACUUUAUGGCUGACACGGAUACUCUUAUAAGUUAA